GGUAGCAACAGUUGCCCCGGUGAAGACAAGGCGCCAUAGUCACGGUAGUCCUGGCGACAAGAGCCAAGCAACCGGAGUCAACAACAACAAGGAGACCUAAAGGAAUAAACUUUAACGGCAUUAAAGGACCAAACUGGGACACAAAGAUCUUGUGCCUCGACGCACCAGUCACCAUGGCAACCUGUAGAUACUCUGAAGACCUUCAGCCUCAGCAGGCCAGCGCAGUAACCAUGGCAACACCUGCCACCGCCACGCCCUCAUCAGCGAAGACCGAACACUUCCUGUCCGAGCUGCCACCAGCCACUGGAACAGUUUCAUCAGCUCAAGCAGCCACUGCCUCUAAGUCGGGACAGGAUGCACUUUGUUCUCAAGCCCCGCCCACCCAGAGCCAGAAGCCAGUGGUCCUAACAACUCCCACACAGCACUACGAUAUCCAGCAGAGCGCCGUUCAGAAGAGUAAUGGACAGAGCUCGCCCCAGUAUAUCAUAGUAACAGUUUCAGAUGGCUCUGCUCACUCCGAUAGUCGGUCAGACUCCAGCCCACCGGCGCCUGGCGUUCCCACCCAGGUAGUCCAACCCAUGCAGACCCCCCCACAUAGGUCAGUGUUGCAGGCGGUGUCGCAGGCAGCCAAGAGGAUCCAGACGGGCCACAUCAACAACCUACAGUCUGUGCAUAUUAACCAGGAGGUGGAGCACGUGUAUUCAGGUCAGGUGCAGUAUGUGGACGGAGCAGGAGAUGCAAAUUUUACCACCUCCAAUAUCCGAUCGAGCAGCUACCCUUUCUCCGACUCGCCCCUCUUUUCCCAGACUCCUCCUGCGUCCUCCUCCACCUUCUUUGAGGCCACGCCCAGCUCCGAGUCAGACAUCACCGCAUCUGUGAGCUCACAGGCGGUUUCUGUGGCGACAGCUGGAGCCAGUAGUGGGGGCGCGGCGGCAGGCGGGUCCGGGUACGUCAUCCAGGGAAGCUAUCCACUGGGAGGAGGAGCGGGCGGAGGAGGAGGAGGACAAAGCUACUCCAGCCCAAACUCUCGGGCACCACCUGCUACUGUGCAGUGGCUGCUUGAGAACUAUGAGGGGGCUGAGGGGGUCAGCCUGCCUCGCUGCACCCUCUACUACCACUACCUGCUGCACUGCCAGGAGCAGAAACUGGAACCUGUCAAUGCUGCAUCCUUUGGUAAACUCAUCAGGGCUGUCUUCAUGGGGCUCCGCACACGCAGAUUAGGAACCAGAGGGAACUCUAAGUACCACUACUAUGGCCUGAGGAUCAAAUCUGGCUCUCCUCUGCUUAGACUCAUGGAUGAACAACAACACAUGGCCAUGAGGCAGCAGCCUUUCUCACAGAAAAACAGGAUAAAGCCACUUCAGAAGGUGCAGGGGGUUGCCAAUGGGACAGCAGGUGGGACAGGUCAGCAACAGGUGGCAGCACUCGGUGAUAUUUCAGCCCAGGUUCACCAGUAUCAACAGUUCCUGGAGGCAUCGAAGCUUUUGCCAAACUUUGUAGAAAUGGAUCUACAAGGUCAAACCCUGCCUGAUGGGAUCCUUUUAGAACACCUCAAGGCCUUUCAGAACCUGUACAGAGAACACUGUGAGGCUGUUCUGGACGUGAUGGUCAACCUCCAGUUCACUCUGGUCGAGGCGCUUUGGAAAUCCUUCUGGAGGUUCAGUCAGAGCAACGACGCAGAGUCAGUCAACCUAAACAACGAAUCGGAGAAACGUCUGCCCAAAUCCUGCCUGGUGGCUCUCUGCAAGUCUGAACCAGUCCUAAGCUGGACGAGAGAGUGCGACAACCUGCUGUACCAGACUCUGGUGGAAAUCCUCAUCCCAGACGUGCUCAGACCCAUCCCUAGUGCCUUAACUCAGGCCAUCCGUAAUUUUGCCAAGAGUCUGGAGAACUGGUUGACCGGCGCCAUGAUCAACAUCCCAGAGGAGAUGGUUCGCAUUAAGGUGGUGUGCGUGAGCUCCUUCUCCCAGACGUUGCGUCGCUACACCAGCCUGAACCAUCUGGCCCAGGCCGCCCGUGCCGUCCUCCAGAACCCAGCCCAGAUCAACCAGAUGCUCUCCGAUCUCAACCGUGUGGAUUUCACCAACGUACAGGAGCAGGCAUCCUGGGUGUGUCAGUGUGAGGACCAUGUGGUCCAGCAGCUGGAGCAGGACUUCAAAGCUACUCUGCAGCAGCAGAACUCACUGGAACAGUGGGCUACCUGGCUGGACGGGGUGGUCUCUCAGGUCCUAAAGCCCUAUGAGAACAAUGCUGCAGCCCUGCCCAAGGCCGCCAAAGUCUUUCUGCUCAACUGGUCCUUCUAUAGCUCCAUGGUGAUCCGGGACCUGACUCUGCGCAGUGCUGCGAGUUUCGGCUCCUUCCACCUGAUCCGCCUGCUGUAUGAUGAGUACAUGUACUACCUGAUUGAACACAGGGUGGCCAAAGCCAAAGGGGAGACACCGAUCGCAGUCAUGGGUGAAGUAGGUCACCGUGUGUGUGUCUGUUUACAAAGUACAGCGUUUAUAGUCCAGUUGAAUGUUUUUACUGUUUUACUGCAGUUUGCCAGCACGGUGAAGAGCAGAAACUCUGCAGACCUGGAUAAAGAAGAGGAGGAUGAUGAGGAGGAAGAAGAGAGCGAGGAGGAAAGUGGAGAGAUCCUGCUGCAGUCCAGCUCUCUGAGCAAGGUGGACGACGAGGACGUGACGGAACCGCCCGCCAAGCAGCCCAGGAUCAAUUUAAAUCUGCACACUCUGGCCGGGAGCCACAGCACGCCUCCGUAACCCGUCACCAGUGUCACCGACACAACUCUGAACACACAGCUUCACUCUGGAUUCACCUCCUCAAACGGUUGUGCCACUCCGUGUGUUUGCUUCUGCGUGCCUGUCCUGUGAGAACGUGGCAGAGUCUUUUGUUUUGUGCUCCGUGUUUGUGUGCUGCUGUGCUUCUCCUCUUUGCCUUCACCUUCCCAGGUUUCUCUGUGCCUCCCGCCCCCCGCCUUAACCAGUGACCUGACUGCUGUGGAGAAACGAGCGGACCCCGGUGUUUCCUGUUGGAACACAGACCACUGGCGUUGCCUUUAAUGACGUGACUAUGCAGGGAGCAGCAACGGUCAAAAUCUACAUUUAAGAGUAGCGUCAAGAAUCAUACUGCACCUGGAAUUUAUAUAUAUAUAUUUUUUUGUUAUUGUUGAUUAUGUAUGCUAUAUUUUACUUUAAUUGUAAUUUGUUUUAAAUUUGGCCAACUAACUGGUGAUCUGUGCCUUUGGGAGAUUUCUAACCUAAAAAAGCUAAUGUUUUCUCUAUAUAUUUACAUAUAUAUAUAUAUUCUGUAUGGGUGGAUUAAUUAAUGACUGUUGUGAAGUACACUUGGUGUCACAAACCUACAGUGACUGUAAAAAAAACAUAUAUACAGUUGUGUUGUGAUAAUUCUGCAGGCCAGGCUUUUUUUUCCCAGGCUCAAUAUUUCAUUUUAUUUUUAUACAGCCCUCUACAUAUAGAUAUUUUCCAAGCUGCUGUGCAACCUUUAUAAAUCCCCAGCACAAGGCCAAAGCUUAUCCCUCGUAUUCAGGAGCUCAGCUCAGCUGACUGUAUCCACGGCAGCCUUUAUGCCAGCUGCAGACGUGGCAAAGUUUUUUUUGUAGAGAAAAUAGAUGUUUAUUUUCUGGGUUCUUUAAGUUGAACAUACUGUGGAUGACCUAUAUAUGUAUCAGUCAUAUAUCCUAUUUUUAUGUUUAACCGUUAUUGCCUUAAGAUGUCCUAAUGUGCAGAUGUUUAUUUUUGAUGUGAUGAUGGCCUCAGCAUGUAAAACAUGUUGACUCUCAGUGGACACCCUCCCCCCUCUCUAAACCAUGUGAUCUACCAGCACCUGGCACGUUUUACUUGACACUAUAUAUAUA